CCCUCAGUCUCCUCUUGUCCAGCUCCAGAGCCCCAGCUCCCUCAGCCUUUCCUCACAACGGGAGAUGCUCCACUCCCUGCAGCAUCGUGGUGUAUAAUAUAUGUGCUGGUAUGAGCAAACGUGAUGUUACCCAUGCAUUCCAGGCAGCAAGGCUGCAUGCACGAGAAAAAUCAUGAGCCAAGCCUCUCCUGCUCAUUUAUAUCUGAGGUGUGAAGGACACCAUUAAACACAGGCACUAAGGUGACUGAUGCUGAGCCAGAUCCAAAACAUACUAGAGACUCAAAAUCCCGUCUUUUAACACCUCACGGUCAUUACAGAGCACCUGGAAAAUAAUCUAUUGCAUGUGUACAACACCAGGACUGUUCCAAGAGCUGGGACCCAUGGAAACUAGAAAUACCUCCGUAAAAACAGGGUGUAUCUUCUUUUUUCUUUUCUUUACAUUCACUGCUUUUGUGUUGAGUUUUUGUCUUGUUAAGCUUGGUGUUUAGUCAAGAGGCUUUUCCUUUUCCAGACCUCCAGCACUUCGAACAGUGCACCAGAAAGAAAUGGAACUGCAAAGGCCGGGCAAGGCGCGUGGGACGAGUCCAGGAACCGGCACAGGAAACCACUGGAUGGCCUCACAGCCUUAGAAACUGCCCGGACAAACACUACUUUUCUGUUCUAAAACAUCUCGCUGCAGAGGAUAAUUUGAACUUGAGCGUCACAUGAUGAAACCAUAGGUUUGCUAAACAUGCAACGUGUAUGGUUUGAAUGACCUAACCCGAGUUCCUGUUUCCUUUACAGAACUGUGUUUUUGCAGUGAGCGAGCGUCUAGAUUUUCCAUCGCGAUGUACAGCAGCUAAAGAAGUUACUGUAAUAUAUACACCCUGCUUUCUACAUAAAUAAAAAGGGCUAUAUUCUCCAAACAAUAAUUGUAUUUCAUCUGACUAUUCUCAGCCACUUGUGUCUGUGGAGCAUUUCCUUGAAAAGACUCCAUCGAACGGGGAACAAGCACGGUGUGGGAGGAAGGAUGACUCCUCACAACAUGACCUGGAUCAGCUACCCAAGCAAGAACUUGGCUUUCACCUCCCCAGAAGAAAUCGAAGCCUUCAUAGCUUCUCAAAACAUCAUAUCGAGACUCAUGCACUGUUACAUCGCCCUUUUUGUACCGACCGGAUUAACAGCCGGCAUAUGCAUUUUGAUCAUUUUCAUAAAGAAUUACUUGCGGUACAAAGUCAUAGAAAACUUAGACUUACUUCUUCUACACUUCACCAUCAGCAAUAUUGUCAUGAUUUUUUUAUCGUUUACUGUCAUCACUAGACCCGACUAUUUAACCACCACCCACCUCGCAUGUAACGUGCUGUCGUUCUUUUUCAACUUGGGUUAUUUCAAUUCUCAGUAUGUUCUGAUUCUCAUUCUCCUCACGCUGUUACUCAAGAGGUUUCCGCCCAGGCCUGCUCUUGGCACAGCAACCCAAAGGCCCAUCUUGUGUGUUGGAUUUGUACUUAUUUCUGCCUUCUGUUUGUCGCUGACUGGGGCCGUGCUGGUUGGCACGGGAAACUAUCACUUGAGAACAGACUGCCAGUUAGAUCCAUUAUUUGCAUGGCCCGAAUACGAGAUCGUCAAAUUCACCUUUGGCUUUGGAAUCCCGUUGUUUCUCCAGAUACUCUGUUUUGCUGUUCUCUUCGCUAAAGCGGCACCCACCGAAGCUCCAGCUUUAAAACAGCACCUCCGUACCUACCCUGCUGUGUACAUCAUAAGCACAACGAUGUUUGCAUGCCGUCUGUUUUAUAACGUUAUGAUUCUCCUCAGGACAACAUUCAAAUUACAGAAGAGCGUCGGAACUCCAAAGAACGAGCUCGUGAUGAAUAUUGCAGAAAUCGCGUUGUUCUGCGAGAGCUGUGCCAGUUUGGUAUUUAUACUUGGUUCUCAUAAACCAUGCAAGGAUGAAAUACUUAAGGUCAUACAGAAGUGCCGAAGGGAGAACGCUACCAACAAUCACCUUGAAAUACCAGCAACGACAGCCCAGGAAAGCGGGUCUCAGUAACACUUGCUGUUCUGAACAACUGUCCAUCCAUUUCACCCGUGAGUUUGUUGAUGGGUUUUGGUUUGGUUUUUCACUCCUUAAAAAAAGGAUGUUUGUUCCUUCUUUGGAACUCGGACUAUCUUACAGCUACACGUGCUGGAAGGAAAAAGAUACUUAGCCUAAUAUUUGCAGUUAUCUAUGAGAAAAUAUGCAGGGUUGAGCUUGUUUGGGGUUUUUCUCAUGUAUACAUAUGUAUAUUUAAAGUGCCUAUUUUCUGCAAGCUUUAUUUCAAAGCCAAGUAGACAGAAAAGUACUAUUGCCACGGGAACAUGCUUUUGUAAUAAUAUCAAUGCCUCGGCAAAGACGCCAACAACACCAGAGCAGAAAGCAGCUCUGACCCUACAAACUACUUGUUUUUACAACAUUGGUAAAGUCCAGUAGCAGCAGCAGUGAAGUAUGGCUUAAGAAUCCACUAUAGUCCUGAAACAGUAUGCGAUACCACGAGUCUACUGUAGCACUUGUGUUACAUAUAUACAUACACAAUCAAACUGAGCAUUUCUUCCCUUUUUCCAUUUUCCUCUUAUAAUUUUGUGGGAAGCCUUAAGGUUUUUGUCUGAGUUACUGUGCACAAAAAUCAAAUCAAAUUAAUGGAAAUGCUGGUCCAUAAAGGAAAGCUUCAGGUCCUUUGCGAGGCACUGAACUGGAAAGAUCAACAGGACGGCUAAUUAAAACUUGUGCAAGAAUUAAAGCUUUUUGUUAACGUCCUCUCAGCUUCAACUUUGCAUUAGGACUUAGAGCAAUUAUUGAUUUAAGCCAUUCAUGAUAAGUUCAUUCAGAAGCAUAAAGUCGCAUGCCUUGGAAGAGCCACGUUCAAUAAUAUACGAACGAAAAAAGGGCAAAAGCCAGUGCAGAAUAGUGUAACUGAGGCAUGUUUUUAAAAAGGCAAACAAAAGGAGAGCCCCAUUUCCAAACUGAAGUCAGGGCUCUGCUAGAGACAAGAUAGGAGUGUUAUACGUUUAGAAUCCCAGAAAGUGAGGGGUUGAAGGGCCCUGGCAAGCUCAUGCAGUGCAAUCCCCCCAUGGAGCAGGAACACCCAGAUGAGGUUACACAGGAAGGUGUCCAGGCGGGUUGGAAUGUCUGCACAGAAGGAGACUCCACAACCCCCUGGGCAGCCUGGGCCAGGCUCUGCCACCCUCACCAUGAAGAAGUUUCUUCUCAAAUUUAAGUGGAACCUCCUGUGUUCCAGUUUGCACCCAUUGCCCCUUGUCCUGUCCCUGGUUGUCACCAGAAGAGCCUGGCUCCAUCCUCCUGACACUCCCCCUUUCCAUACUGAUCCCCAUGAAUGAGUCCCCCCUCAGUCUCCUCUUGUCCAGCUCCAGAGCCCCAGCUCCCUCAGCCUUUCCUCACACGGGAGAUGCUCCACUCCCUGCAGCAUCUUGGUGGCUGCGCUGGACUCUCUCCAGCAGUUCCCUGUCCUGCUGGAACUGAGGGGCCACAACUGGACACAAUAUUCCAGGUGUGGUCUCCCCAGGGCAGAGCAGAGGGGCAGGAGAACCUCUCUGACCUACUGACCACCCCCUUCUAACCCACCCCAGGUACCAUUGGCUUCCUGGCCACAAGGGCCCAGUGCUGGCUCAUGGUCACCCUGCUGUUCUCAAGACCCCCAAAUUCAUGGGUAAAUGGUGGAAAAUGUGGAAAAAAAUCCAUCUGAAUCAGAGAAAAAAAAAAACAGCUUUGGCACAGAAGUUGAGCUGUAGAUCUGCAGAACCAAUGGCCAACACAGGCUGAGGUGUAGGUUGCAAAAUUUUAAAUGUUUUUUACUGUAACCAAAUUUGGCCAAGGAAUCAUCCCACACAUUUGGCUUCGGUUUCAGCCUUUCCUCUCAUAGAGGUGGGCAGAACGGAAACAACUGGGAAAGCAUCAAAUUGUACUAGAUCUUGGAUAAACAUGUAGAUGUGGGCUGCAGAGUUCUAAAAAUACAGAGAUGCGAUGAGAAAUGCUCAGGUGACCUGACGGUUUCUGAGAAAAGCCCCUCUGAUGCUCAAACACGUGCCUUUGUGUGGCACCUGGGUGCUAACAGAGCUGAUGAGACUGUUUUGCAGUUGGAUGCGUUGGAAAGUCCUCCUGACAGGUUCCACAUCGCUGCAAAUCAGCACGGGCUGCUUAGCGCAGAAAUGUGAGCACAGUCAACAGGCACAUCGCCCACAAAACAGCCAAGUGCAUCACUGGAAGAACACAGGACAUUUGUUCAAUAAUAAUACAGUAUAUAGAUCUAGUGUCUAGAUACAUGGGUCUAGUCUUAGACAUCCAAGUCCUGAAAUGUAUGGACUAUGGCUGCAUCACAUGCAAAUAAAGGGCAAUACAUAGUCUCACUAUGACCAUAAGGACCAACAUUUCUGCAAGAUGUGAAAAUCAGCUGGUGAGAUGUCUGCAUGGUAUUAUGUCAGCCAGUCUUCCUGUUCAGUUUUCUGCUGCCAGCAUGGACAGAUGGGUCAUUAAAGUACACGACAUAUAAACAGACCAUUAUAGAACCUGGUCAGAGUGGACGGACAUAGGUAAGAGUCGUCUAUCUAAAUCCAAGAACCAGUUUCGUACUUGUGAAAGGAUUUUUCAGCUGGCAUCAGAGGUUUUGUUUUGCACCUGGGAAGGGUGAGAUUAAACAACAAGGACUGAAGAUCAGCCCUGCAGAAAGAAAUGUGAAGAGAUGAGCUGGAAGAGCUGUACGUCAGUGGAAAAACUGACAGACUGUGAGCAAGAGUGUGUCAGAAGCUGUUUAUUCCAAUUCAGACAGAAUAUCGUGGUUUCCACUGUGCUAUGGCUAAGUAGGUUAUUUUCUAGUAUGGGAAUUAUGCACGAAGGAUUCUACUUUAUUCACUGCUUCCAUAUAUUUUAUAUUUGAGGAUGAAAUAAUAAAGAUUGUGUUCCGAGUCCUGA